ACCUUCCACCCGUCAGUCUAGGAGGCUAGAGAAGGAAAGUUAAGCAACUGCAGGAAAUGGCCCUGGGAGUUCCGAUACCAGUCUAUCUUUUGUUCAAUGCAAUGGCAGCAUUGGCUGAAGAGGCAGUCGUGACUCCAACACCUCCAGUCACAGUCCAGCAAAGCAACCGGACAGUUAACAGAACAGCAGCUGACUAUAUAGAAGGACCCAUGGCCUUGAAGUUCUCACGCCCUUGCCUGGAAGACCAUAACAGUUACUGUAUCAAUGGCGUUUGCCUAUUCCAUCCUGAGUUGGAGAAAAUCAUCUGCAGGUGUUUCACUGGGUAUACUGGAGAAAGAUGUGAACACUUGACCUUGACUUCAUAUGCUGUGGAUUCCUAUGAAAAAUACAUUGCAAUCGGGAUUGGUGUUGGAUUACUAAUAAGUGGUUUUCUUGCUGUUUUUUACUGCUAUGUAAGAAAGAGGUGUCUCCAGUUAAAGUCACCUUACAUCUGCUAUGGAGGAAGACCACUAUGAGACUUCAAUAAGGAACUUCCAUCAAGAGAUCUAGACAAAUCACUGGGCCCCAACCUCGAAUCUUCAAAUGAAACAACAAAAUUUGCCAAGCUGUCAAGACUUGAAAAUAAUGGAAGUUGGGAUUGAAGUGAAAUGAGAGGAUAAAAUUCAACAUUGGUAUUUAAAUUCUACCCUCUCUAAGGUGCCAUGGAGUCCAAAUGAACAAGCCACUAGGACAAAAUUCAAGUUCCUAGUCUUACUCUGGGUUUGCUCUUGUUGUGUAGUUAUUUUUUUUUACUGUGGAAAGACUGGGUGUCAUGCCUCUGACCGUGUUGGAUGGGAGUCUUCAUGGAAAUAAUUAUCGGCUUUGUAGCAAGCCAAAAUGAUGCCAAGUUUGGAUUCUUCAUGCACUUGCUGUCCAACUUUUUUUGUAGCACGUGGAUGGGCUUCUUCAAGUUUACGCACUCAAUGGACCUAAUCUCAAAUAUGCUGCUUUCACAAAAUCCACAAGAAUGUGAUGUCCACUCUGAGGUAGAGAUCAGUGUUAUGGCACUUCUAGAGAACCUCACGUGUAUGGUUUAUUUAAACCUUGAAAAGAAGACGAAAUGUCCAAGGCAAACUCAUGGCUAGCUUAUGACUAUACCAUCCCACAUUUACUGUGAUAUAAGGAAUAAGCUACAGAGUUUUUGAGGACUGAAACUAUCUGGGUAUCAACUCCAGAGUAGGCAAAGCAUUUCUGUUUCUUCAGUGGAUUACAAAACUCUGUGUUGCACUCGUUGGUACCCUAAUGCUUCUGUUUACCUCUUCCUGCCAUUAUCAGCAAUUUAUCACUUGAUGAUCAUUUUGUUGAAUAGAAAUCCUAGAAUCCUCUUAGGGGAUAGAAAUCUCCAACUGAAUCUGAAAUAACAACUCAGGUAUUGGACAUGCGAAUUCUUUAAAUAGCCAACCACAAAUGGAAACUUUCCUUAUUAUUUCUGAAUACUUGGUAAUGGAUUUGCACAUGGAGAGAAAAAAAAAUGGAUCAAAGACACAAAUACUAUCAAGGUCCUUCUCUCUUUUUAUUAUAUAUCUGAUACAUAGUUUGAAAAGCUUUCUGCUGGUCCUUUAAUUUCUUUGUGCUUUUGUUUCAUUUUCUAAUAAGGCGUUUGUAGUUCUAAAAUUUUAUGGUCUGAUAAGAAAAAGAUUUUGCAUCUGCAGCUGAGGUUAUCAUCAACAUUUUCAUCCCCAACCCCACCUUUAACCUCCAAACACAACUGGAUAUUAUCUUACAUAUAUAGUUUAUGCCGGAUUUGUACAACACUAAUUUAUUUUUAGAAAGAAGUACAAAAUAAAAUUAAAGAAUAAUAAUUGCUAUCGUUUCUUUUUAUAUUCUGUUUGAGAAUUAGGGAUUCUUGCUCUCCCAUGCUAAUACAGAUGAGCAAAACAAUUUUGAUUCAAAGACAAUUGAACUCGAAUAUUCUUAGGACAGUUAUUCAUCACCUGGUUAUAAAUAUUCAUUCACUUCUAAACAAGACUUCGUGUUCUGCUUUCCUCUGUGGAGAAGGUACUUCACCUGCUUUGUUUUUCCUUCAGAAGGAA